GCUUUAUCCCUCCUGCCCUGCACGAGCCAGCCAAAAAGAGCAGAGCAUCCACGCUCCUCGCACUUCCAGCAACGAGAAAACCUCCACGGUCUCGACGGCAAUGCCGACCUCCGGCGACGGCUCGGGCGCCCUGCCCCAUGUCGUGCUCCUCCCGAGCGCCGGGAUGGGCCACCUCGUCCCGUUCAGCCGCCUCGCUGUGUCCCUCUCCUCCUCCGACCACGGCUGCGGCGUCUCGGUCGUCACCGUGCUCCCCACCGUGUCGUCCGCCGAGUCCGCGCACCUCGAUGCCCUGUUCGGCGCGUGCCCGGCCGUGCGCCGCCUCGACUUCCACCUCGCGCGGUUCGACGCGUCCGAGUUCCCCGGCGCCGACCCCUUCUUCCUCCGCUUCGAGGCCAUGCGCCGCUCCGCGCCUCUCCUCGGCCCGCUCCUCGCCGGUGCCGGCGCGUCGGCGCUCGUGACGGACAUCGCGCUGGCCUCCGUCGUCAUACCCGUCGCCAGGGAGCUCCGCCUCCCCUGCUACGUCCUGUUCACCGCCUCCGCCGCGAUGCUCUCCCUGUGCGUCCACUUCCCCGCCUACCUCGACGCGAAUGCCGGCGGCCCCGUCGGCGACGUCGACAUCCCCGGCGUGUACCGCGUCCCCAAGGCUUCCAUCCCGCAGGCUCUGCACCACCCCGAGCACCUCUUCACCCGGCAGUUCGUCGCCAACGGCCGGGAGCUCGCGAAAUCAGACGGCCUCCUGGUCAAUUCUUUCGACGAGUUCGAGCCAGAAGCCAUAUCUGCACUCCGGGAUGGCUCCGUCGCUGCCGGGUUCCCACCGGUUUUCUCAGUUGGGCCACUCGCUCCGGUGAGCUUUUCGGCAGGUGAACCGCCGGAAAAUCAAGCUGAUUACAUGCGGUGGCUCGAGGCGCAGCCGACGAGAUCGGUGGUGUACGUCAGCUUCGGCAGCCGCAAGGCCAUAUCCAAGGACCAGCUCAAGGAGCUCGCCGUCGGGCUCGAGGCGAGCGGCCACCGGUUCCUGUGGGUGGUGAAAAGCACCGUCGUGGACAGAGACGACGAGGCCGAGCUCAGCGAGCUGCUCGGCGAAGGGUUCUUGGAGCGUGUGCACGGGCGGGGCAUGGUGACCAAGGGUUGGGUGGAGCAAGAAGAGGUCUUGAAGCAGGAAUCCAUCGGUCUGUUCAUCAGCCACUGCGGCUGGAACUCGGUCACGGAGGCGGCGGCGAACGGAUUGCCGGUUCUGGCGUGGCCGAGGUUCGGGGACCAGCGGGUGAACGCCGGCGUGGUGGCGCGCAGCGGGCUCGGCGUCUGGGAGGAGCGGUGGAGCUGGGAGGGGGAGGAGGGAGUGGUGAGCGGGGAGAAUAUCGCGGAGAAGGUGAAGGCUGUAAUGGCGGACGAGACAGUGAGGAAUAAGGCGGUAAGCGUCCAGGAUGCGGCGGCGAAGGCAGUCGCCGACGGCGGCACGAGCUACCGGAGCUUGGCCCAAUUCGUGCAACGUUGCCGGGAUCUGAGCGUCAGCAAGUAAUACGACAUGGCUACAUUUCGAAGAAGCAUGAACACGGAAUAAUUGCUGUAUACCUCGACUGUUGUUAAACAAAGGAUCUCCCAUUUAUUGGAAGCUGAACAAAUGUAAGGAGAGAAUGUCAGAAUGAACACGCUGUCACAAAAACCAACGACAAAUAUACGUUCCUCUGUAAAGAAGUACUCCCUCCGUCCGGAAAUACUUGUCGGAGGAAUGGAUGUAUCUAGAUGUAUUUUAGCUUUAGA